GAUAGUCUCUCUUAAUAAACGACCGUUUCUGUGAAUUAUAUCUGUGCUUCUUUUACUGAAACCUAUCCCAAAAUAAGCGCAUGCCGAUAGGUUAUGGGCCCGGCAACAAUUCUGCUGCGCUGGGAUUAGUAAAAGAAACUUUUUUCGAGAAUUAAUCAUCGUCGCGUUCGGCGUGCUCGCGGCGUGUACAGACUUGCCUCGCGCGUCCAUUGUGAUCAAGUGCCCAGGAUUGUAACGAGUGAACUACGAGUUUUUACGAACAGUUAAAAGGAUUUAAACGACCGUUUGCAAUGACUGCGACAAUUAAAAAGGUGAUAGAUAGAUGCAGAAAGGCCCUGGAAUUAGAAAGUGAAAUUAUAGAAGUCCGGAUAGGGAUAGACGAUUCCUUUUUCAAGGCAACUUUUGCUGAAGGAGAAACGAUCAGUUUGAGCAAGAAUUCACUGAAAAACGAUUGGGACAAUUUGGUGAAAGAAAUCCGAGAACUUGAGAGGUUAGCUCCACCAAACGGCGACGUCAAAUGCAUAAGAGAUGCUAGUCCAAGUGAUUUGAAGGCCAAAGAUCCAAGUGACACUUCUCUAACAAGACCGGACCAAAUGUUGACAGAUAAAGAAGUCAUGAAAGACAUCAAUGAUUUUAUUAAUGGCAUUGAACAAAAUUCAGGUGUGUCGCCAGGAACUACAACGAGCGGUCCUGGAAACGACGAAAUUGAUCCAGUUAAUCUCGAUAUGGAGAAUAACAUUCCUCCAAUUGGUCCAAAUCAUCCUGACAUGACUUCCGACAACAAAAAUCAAAACGAUGACAGUAAAGACGGUAGUAAAGACGAUAGUAAAGACGGUACUGACAAUUUGUUAACAAAUGACAGUAAUAAAAACCACAGUUCUGACAAUGAAAUUAAUUCAAUAAAUAAAAACGAAGUGACUUCUGAAAACGACAGUACUCAAAAGGACAGUAAUAAGAAAGACAGUAAAAUAAAUAACAACGACAGUAUUGAUAAUAAAAAUUUAACGAAUAAUAAUGAUAAAGGGGCAGUUGGCCCUAUUCAAAGCACAAAACGACAGUUCAAUAGUGACGAAAAUUCCGAUCCAAGCAACGGCAAAAUGGAGAGACGAAUAAAUGUUUUGGAUUCGAGAAUGGGUCAACUAGAACACAUGAUGGAUUUAACCCUUAAUAUGACAACGAAAAUGCAUGAAACCAUGCAAACAUGGCUUGACCGUUGUAAACCGGAAAAUAAGGCGGAAGCAAAUCAAGCACAAGCAGCAACCAAGAACCAUCCUGGUUCAAAAACGACUGCUAUGGCCUCCGUACAAUUCGCAAAUUCGGGUCAACGACAGUGGGUAAACGAACGAUGUUACGAGUGUGACGAUUAUGGCCAUAUGAAGAACGAAUGUCCCUUGAAAGGUCAAGGUUUACGAAAAUGCUACGAGUGUCAAAAAUUCACAACUCAUAAAGCUUAUGAGUGUGAAAAACGACUGGCUAGAAACAGAGGCAGAGGCAGAGGAAUCGCAUGUCUAAUUACGAUAAAAAUAAAUAUACUUACAAAAAGAACAAUGAUAAAAAUAAAAAACGAUCAGUUGACAAUAAAACAAAUUCACAAUCACAACAAAGACAGCCACGAACGGGUACGAGUGAAACGCCAAAGGUUGGUUUCAUGGAAAUCAAGAAAAAUAAUACAGGUAUGUUAAAUAAAAUUACAACACAAAAUACAUCAUUGUCAAUGUCUAGCACUGUUUCCGCCUUAAAAACAGAAACGAUUUCGCCCGUUUACUUAUAUAGUCUUUCAAAGGCAAAUAAAUUUGAAAAUAAAAGUCACAAAUAUAUUUCAUUUAUUGUAGACACAGGUGCGACAGAACAUAUUACGAAUUCGAAAAAUAUUUUUGAUAGGCUGAAUAAAGUCGAUUCUAAUAUUAUUAAAUGCGCGAAUAAAGACAGUAAUGCUGAUCUGUUAGCCGAA